UUCAAUCGGUUUUUGUGCGCGGUUGUACAGUACUAAGGUUCAGAAUGUUCAAGCUUGGGUCUACGGUAGUGCUCCUGGUUGCGUUCAGCGCGGUGGUCCUCGGCAGACAUGACGGAGAAGGUCGGCUGGGACGCCGCGGCGGCAAGAUCAAGUCUGGCAAGAACGGCCUGGCAUAUCUGGGAGCGCUUGGAGCAAGUACCUUCGGAGGAUUUGACAGCAGCUAUCAUCAUGGACCGACGUUCUCGGUGUACCCGUCCAACUACCUGCACGGUGGAUACGCCCCAAGCUACGGCUCCUAUGGACAUCACGGACACAAGGACGGUGGCUUCGAACAGCCCAAGAAGGGAUUCCAUCUGGGCUACGAGGUCGGCUACCAGGGCCACCUCGGAUACAUCAAGCUGAAGCGUGACAACCUGCGCCACGUCCAGGUCAGCCUCGGCCUGGGCCGUCCCGGUUCCACCGGUGGUGCCGGAUACGGGUCUGCCUUCCCGUACGCCACCGCACUCCUGCCCAUCCUAGCCUCCGGCAAGUAGGAGGCCUCCACGAGUGCACACAAGACUUGUCAAAUGCAACAACAACUGCAACAGCUACAGCAAGAAGACGACAACCUCAUCCCAUAAAAUCACACAACAUCUAACCUGGGAGAGUUCACACCGAAAUUCAACCAACCCGAGGAGUUCAAGGUCAGCCAACCUAACCCAGCCAGCCAGCCAGCAAAUCAGUCAACCUUGCGGCAAAAAAUACCAACAAACCGCAAAACUAAAAAAAAACAUGCAGGAAAAAAACGGCAAACAUGGACAGCCAAGAGCCACGCGCAAGCUUAGGGGGUUCAGGUGUAGCAAAUUCACAAUUAUACAUGCAUCAACAGCAGCAGCAACAAGCGAGUAAUAGUUGGUUGAGUCGAGUGUCGAGCGACCGAAUUUAAAGACUAGAAAAAAAAACUAAAAUCAGUAGCUGUAGCAUGUUUUGCAUAAUUGCUACUUAAAAGCGUGGUUCAAUUAGAUGAACCGAUUUGUUUUAUAGAUUAGAUAGGCACACUUUGAAAUGGAGCGGAAAAAUGGAGCAUGCAUGGUUAUGAUAA